AUGGGAAACAAUGGCAAUGGUUCUGCUGCCUCAGACUCAACAGGGGUUUGUGAGAAAAUCUUUAGCGUCAUCACAGUAACUCCUGCUUUUCGAAAGAUCUGCCGAAUCACGUCUGUCUCCCCUGCAAGAUCAGAUCCUCUAAAUCUGCCAGCCAAUAGUCAUGUUAAUGCUGUGAGGAUUGUUGAUGCUCAAAUCAGUCCUCCACAACCCAAGAAGUCAGCUGAAGCUCCGAAGGUGGUUCAAAUUCCAAUCACUUCUGAGAAAACAGUCCUGCCUCCUGCUGCUGCUGCUGCUGCUCUAACUGCGCAUGCUCAAAGGAUGACCAAAGUGGCAAAGGUUUGCCAAGGACAUCAUGACCAAGGAAGCCCCAAGCACAAGGCAGAGCUGUCGACUCAGCCACAGAAAGCUACUUAUCCAAAAGCUGAGGAGGAGAAACAGAAGCCCAAUUAUUCUGAGGCUCAGCCACACAAGGCUACUUAUUCAAAAGCUGAGGAGCAGGAGAAGCAGAAGCCUAAGCACUCUGAGUCUCCAUUAAAAGGAGCUGUUGGGGAAGCGCAGCACAAUCAUAAUGCUGCCGUUAAAGUUCAUGAGGCAGAGGCACCACAAGUUAAGAAUGAAGGUAAGAAACCAGGAGGGCCGGAUAUUAAUGACACAUUUUCUGAAUAUAUCAAGCAGGCAAAGAUUAAGAUCAGAACCAUGUCGUCGAACAACAUAUCAGAAUCAGAUGAUGAUGCAAAGAAAAAAGAAAGUGUCAAAGACCAUUUCUCUGAUUAUAUUCAUCGUGCAAAGAACAAGUUCAAAUCUACACCCUCAAGUCUUGGUGCUGGAAAGAAUGCUUCUUUUAAGAGAGAGUAA